GCGGUCGGACUAGCGUGGAGGAGAACCGCCGGCCUGAUGGAUGCAGACAGUCUCUUGUUGUCGCUGGAGUUGGCGUCUGGCAGUGGGCAGGGGCUCAGCCCGGACCGUCGAGCCUCCCUGCUCACGUCCCUUAUGCUGGUUAAGCGCGAUUACCGCUUUGCUCGGGUCCUUUUCUGGGGCCGAAUCCUCGGCCUUGUUGCGGAUUACUAUAUCGCACAGGGACUGAGUGAGGACCAGCUCGCACCUCGCAAGACGCUCUACAGCCUGAACUGCACAGAGUGGAGCCUCUUGCCCCCUGCCACAGAGGAGAUGGCAACGCAGACAGCGGUGGUGAGUGGCCGCUUCAUGGGUGAUCCCUCACACGAGUAUGAGCACACCGAGCUCCAGAAGGUGACCGAGGCGGAGAAGGUCUUUGAUGAAGAAGUGGUGGUCCAAAUCAAGGAAGAGACCCGCCUGGUGUCAAUCAUUGACCAGAUUGACAAAGCUGUCGCCAUCAUCCCCCGAGGGGCCCUCUUCAAGACUCCUUUCGGGGUCACCCACGUCAACCGGACCUUUGAAGGCCUGCCCUUGUCUGAGAUCAAGAAGCUCAGCUCCUACUUCCACUUCAGGGAGGCUGUUGACCUGAAGAACAAGACCUUGCUCGAGAAGGCAGACUUGGACCCUUCUCUGGAUUUCAUGGACUCCCUGGAGUAUGACAUCCCCAAAGCUCCUGGGGACCUAGGGUCCACACUCUCAGCCCAGCACUCUGCAGAAGCCGCUGGAAUGGACUUGGACUAACCCACAGCUAACAUGCUGGCUUGCAUCCUCAGCACCCUUCACUGCAGCCGCCAUGCCAGCUGACAGCAGCACACAGCUUGGACCAACAGUACUCCAAGUGCAAAGGGGAAAAAGAAAAAACUUUAGCCUUUACCUUGGAGAAGAUUAGAUUUCUUCUCCUGGAAAAACAGUCAAACCCAUUUCCUAGAAAUGGCCAGUAGUGGCUGCCUGAGUAGCUGGGCAGGUGUGGGGUUCGCCUUCUUACUGUAGCUGGGAUUACGAGCAUACCUGUAUAUUCACUGACAUCCACGAGACAAGGAGCUUGGAACAGCCUUCUGCUGUACUCUGGGCACUUAUUUUCAGAGGACCCAGAGCGGGGUGAGAGCCCCGCCCCUACACCCGGGGGUGGAGUGAAGCCAAGGUUCCUAGUACAGGAGAUUAGUUGGGUCACUCUGUUCAGAGCUUUCUGCACUUACCAUCUGAGCAGGAUCUCUGGCCUUAGCCAUCCUGUGCCUCAGAGGGGAACUGAGACAACACAGGUCAAACUGGCCCAGAGCCUGAAUUACCUGAACCCUGAGCAGAGUGCUCAUGUCACAGAGAACCCUGAAGAACAAGUGUGGGCAUCCAGGACUGGGUCCCGUCUUCUCUGCAAGGUAGUAGUUAGCACAGCAUGGGCUCUGCCUGGCUUCCUGGAUUUGGAUCCCAGCUCUGAUACUUAGUGUGGGAGGAUUGUGGCAAGUUUAUUAACUUUCCUCAAUGCAAAGCAAGGAUGAAGCCCCCACUUCAUGGGGUUAAUUAGCAAUCUAAGAGCCGGUAAGAUGGCUCAGACAGUAAAGGUACUUGCUAUGCCUGACUAUCUGAGAUUAAUCCCCAGGAUCCUCAUGCAGGAAGAAGAAAACUGACCUCAAUGCAUAUGUUGUGGCAUCUGUUCCUUCACAAAGACACAAAUUCUUCCAAAAACAGACUUAGGUGAUGCUGGGCAGUGGUGACACACACCUUUAA